UUUUAAUGUAACGGCACAGUUCAGAACGUGUAAGGGGGAUAGCUCGAAUCAUCGGGACUUUUCAGUUUUAAUCAGUUUUUGCUCUGCUCGCGCAAUGAUCUUUCAACUUGAGCAAAAUCGCUUAGCGUCAGCAUCAGUUGAUACCGGUUCAUUUGAAGCUUCAUUCAAAACGGUGACUUGACGAGGAAAAUGAAGUUUCUAGUAUUACUCAUUAUUUAUAUAUCCUUCUCUGCGGGUUUGGAAGUCAACGAGUCCUGCACUACACCCUGCAAUGCACCGGGAAAGUGUGUUCCUGUGCGAAAUUGCACCUACGCUCGGAAGAUUAUUCAAAAACCAGACGCUACUUAUCGGGAUUCGCAGUAUUUGGUGAUGAGUAAAUGUGGAAUAUUGUCAGAAUCUCGACCAAUACCAUUGGUAUGCUGUCCCAGCAUGCUCAAUCCGGAUCAAUGCGGAGCUCUUGACUUUGCCAACCGAAUUACUGGAGGGGAAGUUACAGAGCUCGGAGAACAUCCGUGGGUUGCGCUGCUCAUAUACGACUUGGGAGGGAAUAGAUUCGUACCAAAAUGUGGAGGCUCAUUGCUUAACUCGCGAUAUGUGUUAACAGCUGCUCACUGCAUUAUGGACGUGCCCCAAAAAUGGAAAUUGCACAGAGUUCGAUUCAGCGAGUGGAACACCAUCAGUAAGGAGAAUUGUACCACCGUGAACGAUGAAGAAAUAUGUCGACAGGAUUUCGAAGUUGACAAAAUAAUCGUUCAUCCCGAUUACGAUUUGAAAGUGAGAAACAAACUACACGACAUUACCAUCCUGAAGCUAGCAGAAGAAGUGAUAUUUGACAAGUAUGUACGACCUAUUUGUUUGCCACUGGAUCCAACAGUAAGACAAUUGCCUAUAGACCAGAAUGAUUUCACAGUGUCUGGUUGGGGUCAGACUGAAACAGCAUAUAGAAGCGCCGUCCAAUUACACGUUGAUUUACUCGGAAGAAGUAACGAAAUCUGCGAUGAAGCUUUUGCUAUAGCCAAUAUCAAACUAGCUGAAACUCACAUCUGCGUGGGUGGUGAAAAGGGCAAGGACUCAUGCAAAGGAGAUUCUGGUGGACCAUUGAUGAGGUUGGUGGAUGGCGUGUGGUAUCAGUUCGGUGUAGUUAGUUUUGGCUCUAGAUUUUGUGGCUCGGAAAAUUUUCCUGGAAUCUACACCAAUGUGGCGAGAUACGUGGAUUGGAUAGAAGAAACUGAACGAGAACCAUUGCGAGGCUAGCGAAGAAAGCGAUUGAGUGAAGAAUGAAGGUAGUAAAAGACAAAAAUAAACCAUGUACUACUGAUGAAAAUGUUAUGCUUAAUAAUCACUUUCAUCAUAUUUAACGCAGCUAUGGCAAAUACAAAUCGCUACAAGUCGAAACAUACGAUAUUGUUUAAUAUCGCCUCAACUGUUAUUAUUAAUAAGGUGGGUUUAAUGUUCUGAAGUUAAAUCAUCAGCAUAUAGCAGCCGACUUGACCAUAUACUAAUUGUGCUCAUGUAAAACGCCUGGUGGGGUAUCAAAUGGGUUGUUUGAAUCCAGUUUCGAACCUAGAUUGGCGGCCUUUCAACUGAACCCAACUCAGUUCUAUUAAAAUCGUUGGUUGAAAUAACUACCCUGCUUUCAUUUGUGAGAUGUGUCAAGCGAAAGCCGUCCUGGUUACAAUCCGAACAUAUGACGACUUGCUUAUUGGACCGAAACCAAGAGUGAAAUAACCAAAAACAGAAAUAUCAUUCAGCCAAAUUUGAGCAAUUCGUGAAAAUAGAAAGGAAAAGUUUUUUAGGCUACGUCCAAAUGAUCGGAUUCGAGUGCAGCAUUACACCUUCCGCUGAGGUAAGCUCUUCGCAAUUCGGGCAUAUUUGCAAAGAAAGUGUUUAUUUUUUUCAUAACUAAUAAGAAUUGUAAAUUAUUUCAUUAAAAAUUCGCCUUCCUUUUCGAUAAUUGUUGUUAGCUGCUUCCGGAAACUGCCACAUGCACCUUUUACCAUGUUUUAAAUGUUACAGCAUUACUUCUACAAGUCAAAGCUGCAUUUUUCACCUUUAAUAAUAACUCUUCCACUUCGCGAACGCUAGGGC